AUGUUCCCAUCGGAUGCCCUUAAAAUAAUAGAUUGCCCUAAUGGGUUAAAUUGUAUGCGAAUUAUUUGUUGGUUUAAGCAUACUGAAAAUAAUAUCAAUAAUAAUAAUACUUUUGAUAAUAAUUAUAAUAUAAUCAAUAAUAAUAAUAAUAAUAAUAAUUUUAAUAAUAAUUAUAAUAAUAAUUAUAAUAAUAAUAAUAAUUAUAAUAAUAAUUUUAAUAAUUUUAAUAAUAAUAAUUUUAAUAAUAAUAAUAAUUUUAAUAAUAAUAAUAAUAAUUUUAUAAACAACAAUAAUAAUUUUAAUAAUAAUAAUAAUAAUUUUAUAAAUAACAACAACACUAAUAAUAGCAAUAAUUUCAAUAACAAUAGUUUUAAUAAUUAUAAUAAUAAUUUUAAUAAUAAUAAUAAUAAUAAUAAUUUUAAUAAUAAUUAUAAUAAUUAUAAUAAUAAUUUUAAUAAUAGCCCUAAUAAUCCAAAUAACACCAACAACAAUAACAAUCAAAAUGCAUUGGGCGCAAAUUUGAGAAUUGGUAGAAAUAGAAUUAGUGUUGAUAAAGAUCCAAGAUUAAAUAAAAAUGUUAGAAAUGGUUAUGGUUUAGGAACAAAUGUAAAUAAUAGUAGUGGUAGUGGAAAUAGCAACAUCAACAACAACAACAACAACAACAACAACAACAACAACAAUGAACAAAAUAAUAGUAAUCCCACAAAUAAAUUUAAUGUAGAAAUAAAAAAAGGUAGUUCAUCAAAUGAAGAUACUACAACUGCAAAUGAAUAUAACCCAUCCGAUGAAGAUCCUAUAGAUUUGGAUCAUUUACCUACAUUACAAAAGGAUACUUCACAACACAUUCCGUCAUCAUCAUCAUCAUCAUCAUCAUCAUCAUCACAAUCACAUCAUAGUGGUUCACAUACACCACUUAAAAAGAGAUUUUCAAUUGACCAAGCUCCUACCCCUUCUCAUCAUCCAUCAGAUGCCAAUCCUAAUAAAUUAAAAUCAACAACAUCAGCACUUUAUAAAAAACAAAAAGAUAAAAGAGAAAGAGAAGAUAAAGAAAAAGAAGAAGCACAUGAAUCAGAAGAACAUUCAGAAGAAGAUGAUCAUGCUAAAACAACAACUACAACCACUACAACAACCACAACAGCAACAGCAGCAACAACAACAAAAGGAAAGAAGCAAAAGGUAGAGAUUGAACAAAAUCCAAAUGAAGCUCAAAAAUUGAAAACAUCAAUUUGGAAUCCAACUUUAAAAAAUGUAUUAUCAAAACCACCAAAUAAAGAAAUGUUGGAUUUAAUUACAAAGGAUGAUGUAUUCGAUCAAACUAAAUGGAUUUCUCUAGGUGUUGAUACUUCACUCUUACCUUCAAUCGUGGUUGAAUCAAGAACAAAAGUACCAAAAUCUGUUAGACAAAUUGAUUCAAUUUCUAAUAUUAUCAUUUUUUUUUUUUUUUUUUUUUUAAAACACAUUUAUAGUAUAUUAUUUUAUAUUUUGGAAAAGUGUUUAGGAAUAAUAAGUGAUAAAAUGAAAGCGAUUGAAGAAUCUAUUAAAAUUGAAGAAAAAAUUUAUGCUGAUUCUGUUAGCAAAAAUGUUUUUGAGUUUAUUAUUAUACAAUUAUUAAUUGCCAGUAUUAUUGUUGUUAUCACUAUUAUUAUUAAUAUUACUAUUAUUAUUAUUUUUAUUGUUGUUGUUGUUGAUAUUAUCAUCAUUGUUUGUAUUAUUUUGAUUUCUUCCUUUUGUUUUUUUAUCUGA